AUGGAUCAACAUGUUGAGUUGGAAGCAGAAAAGCUGCAUAUUUCAGGUUCUUACUUCUCAUUAUGAGAUAGAUAACUAAGAAAAUGAGUUUAUGGGAGAUGUGGAGAAGUAUUUUUAAUCUUCUCAUGCAAAUUUAAAGGAUAUCCCUAUGAUUCGAGUAUAUGAGGAUUCUGGCUCGGAUUUACCACAAUCAGAUUAACCUUUUGAAAAUGGGGAAGAAGUCAUAAAUGAUUUAGGACUUGAAAAACUGCGAAUCCAUUCUGGUCACAGUGAUGGAAGGGCAACUUCUUGGAGCCACACUGAUGAUAACAAUUCUUAGAACAUGUAAUAUCUGAAAAGACCCAGAACUAGACAAUAGCUAAGCAACAAAAUUGUUGAAAGUAACUAGGAACUUUUUAAUGUACACUAUGCUAAAAGUCUAUACACAAACAAAAUCAGUUAAUUAGUUGACAAAAAGAUAUCAACAAACCCAAGAUCUAAUAGAGUUUCGUAAAAUUAAGAAUUCAUAAUAUGUUAGGAAGAGUUAAUAGAAGGUUAAAAAAAAAUCAUCGCAAUAACUUAUCGAAACUUCAGAUUAAUCUGAACAAAAGAGUUUCUUACAAUCAGGGGGUGAAAUGUCAGAAGACAGAUUAGCAAGGAAUAGAGUGGCUGCUCGAAAUUCGAGGGCUAGAAAGCGGCUUUAUUUUGAGUUGUUGGAAAACAAAGUGAAGGACCUGUAAGAUGAAAUUGAUAGGUUAAAUGAGCUUUGUUAAAAUUAAGCUAAAUAAAUAUAAAAGUAUAGAGAAUGUAAAGAUGAUGUACAAAUUUAAAUAUAACCUCAGUAUUAGUUCAAAUUGGAAACAUAGAGAAAAUUAAUAGAGUAAUUAGAGGUGUGCUAAAUAAAGGAGGAAGAUUCUGAAACAACAAAAAUAGUUUUAGACUAACUUAAAGAAUGCUAAUUAAAUUCUGAAAAGAAUACAAUUGGAUGUUAGUAUAUAGAAAAUCUAUUGGAGAUUUUAUUACCCAUAGAAUUGAGAUAUAUUGUUUAUAGUUCUGAUGAAAAUAAAGACUUAUUAUCAGACUUUUAGGGGUAUCUUUUAAAAUUUUAUACUAGGUCUUUUCUUGAAUGGACCAAAGAAACAUUUUAGUUUAUGGACAUCUAGAAGGAGUAAUUUAGAAAGAUGAGAAAGCACAAGGAGAAGCUUAAUGGUGUCAAAAAAAAUAUCACAAGGUAAUCACUGAUUUUGAUAAAUUCAGUUGUAUAAAUAAUCUUUACACUUCAGUAGGAACAAUAAUUAAUGAGGCUUUGAAGGUAGAUUCAAUUUGGAAGGUUAUUUACGAGAGUUUGGAACCACUAUAACUGAGAUCCAUGCUUUUGACAAUUUAUUAAGUAAGUGAGUAGGUUUAUGGUUAUAGAAUAAACACAGAUCGGUUUUAGAUUGCAGCAAUUUGUUUAGCGACUGUAAAUAUUUCAAGCAAAACUCAUAAGUAAAGAAUUCAAAAAAUUUGAUUAUAGAGCUAAAAUGAUUCAAACUGUUAACGGC